AUGGAAAGGUCUUGUGGGACUGUGGUGCGCAAAGAGUUGAUCUACUGGUUGGCCAAGGGCGUCAUCCGCCGCGACGGCGUCGAGGACCGACUUGCCCCCGAUUUCGCCGACUAUCCUAUCGUCUUCACGCAUGGUGAUAUUGCCGCGCGGAACGCUAUGGAGGCCAUGACCUGGGUAGACUCUUUGGUUGACGGUGCCGAGGUCGAUGUGGCCGUAUGCAGACGUGAUGGCCGACGAAUAUGCUCCACGUGCUCAGCACUCGACGCCCUUAGCAGCAGCCUCCGGCUUGGGUACUGGGAGUCCAUUCUGAUUCAUGAUCUCGAGCGUCUGGACAAGCUUGUCGCCAUCUCCGGUAGCCAAAGGCGCCGCCGCGACGCAGGCUAUGAAAAGAAUCGCCAGGCAAGCAGGCUUCAUUAUGUAGAUUAUGUCGGAGAAGAGCUGUAG